AUGUCUCCCAUCUCACCUAUCGCGCCCCCUAUCCUCUCCUUCGACUCGCCUCAUGGAGAGCAGCUGCUUGGUGUCCCGUUUGGCGCCCCUUCUGCUAUCGCUGGUAUUGACCAGAUCCAGCGGAUGCGAGACCAGGACGCUAUGCACCACCUGAUGGUCGAGCCGACACAUUCCAAGUACAUACACUCGCACCUCGCUAAAGUGCACGCGUCUGGGCGACGGAGCGCGGUGCUGGAUAUUGGCAGUCUAACCUCCGCAUUAUCAUCUACAAACACCUUUCCGCUCGCCCUCAUCGAUCAAUCACAAUAUGCUGUACUCCGCUUUCCACGGCCCCGUCGUUCUCGGAUGUGGCAUCAAGCAGGCAGUUGGGCGACCGCACUUGCCAACAAGGAACCCUUCGCCGACGUCGUCGCCAUAGCUGCCGACUGGAAACCCUUUGUGCGUCAGCGAAUCAUACAUGGCAACCUCGACGUCAUGACCGUGGAUAUCAACCAACAUCUGCCGUACCCUGCUGGCUCUUUCGAUAUCAUCCAAGUCAAGUCGCUUGCCCGCUCACACCGCCAAUAUCCCAUUCUCGUCGAAAGGCUCAUCCGACUCCUCCGUCGCGGCGGGCUGCUUAUUCUCGUCGAGAGUCAUACUUGCUACGAAAACCCAACGGGAAUGGGUUUGCCGACUUGUUUGAGGACUUGGGAUGCAAGUGUAAGGUCGGCCUUGGCUGCUCAGGGAUACGAUGCGAGGAUGGCUAGCAAGCUACCUUUCCUUGUCAGAGGUGCUGGUGUUUUCGGCAAUACUGCUUUCGUCCAAGAGAUCGGUAUCCCCACGACCAGCUAUCCUCAGCAAGGCAUGAACAAUAUCGCCCAAGCCGGUGCUCUCCACGCCCGCACGCUCCCCGCCGAAAUGUCUUCCUUCAUGCCGCUCUUGAGGCAGCAUGGAUACGACGAGAGAGCCAUUCAAGCGAUGAUUGAUGAGUGCCUGCAUUGUUUGCUCAAUCCGCAAGCCCGAUUCUUGCAGAGACUCGUGGCGGUGUAUGCCUUCAAGAUGGUCUGA